AGUUCAUGAACAUAGGUAGCUAGGACCUAGCCUCACCUAGGUCCUAGGUGUUUCACAAGUAGUUGGCGGCAGGAGGAAGAAGAGCUCAAGCAUUGUUUGGUCCUUCACCAUCAGGGCGCCGACUCCCUGCCUUACCUGAUUUAUGCUCACAUAACAGCAAGUCGUUGGGGCGUCCUAUCAUCUGCUUAUUAUCCGAUCUACGUGCUUCAAAAGUCUUGUUGCCCCUCCGUGUUUACAGCCCCCCUUCUCCAGUUCAUAGAGGAAGCUUGCAUUUUGAAGGGCGUGCUAGAGUAUCAGGAGACUGAUGGCUCUAUCCUAUGCCAGGGGGGUGGGCACCCCCCUAAAUCUGGGCCAAGUGGGGCCUUUGUUAGGCAGCAGAUCGUGGAUAGAUCCUCCACGGCCCUUCUUGUAUCCACCAUAUGUGGCAAGAAGGGGCUUUAUGGGGCGAAGAGCAGGAGACCUUGCCGAUCUGGUGUCUCCAAGGCCCGCCUGCCGGUGUGCGGGUUUAGAAAGCAUGUUAGGAAAGGAGCAAAGGCGGAAAGAGGUGCACAGUGUGCGCCCGAGGGCGGGGAAGAGGCUGAGCGAGGGUCAAAGACAAGGGGGCGUGCAGGAGAAGGAAGGAGACGGAGAACAAAGACACAGUAUACCCCUGUGGAAGUCCUUCUUAGGAGUGACGGCAGGUUUGGCCCUCUGCACCAGUCUGCAUGUGGGCCAAGCACAUGCGCUUGAGUUAGAUCAACCAGGGGUUGUAACAGAGACCUCACUAGCAACUCAAAUAGGGGUUGCAACAGAGUCCUCACUAGCAACAGAGACUCUCUUAGAAAGGAGAUCGAAUGUGACAGACGACCCCCUAGACAGCGAUGUCACACUCCCAAGUGCAGGCAUGCCAGUCCAGUUCACGGUCGACAGUCCUGGGGGCACAGACGCUCCUGUUUCAGGGGAGGCUCCCAACCCUGUCCUUGACAUCAGCGUAGAGAGCAGGAAGUCUGACGGGUCAGAGGGCGCAUCUGGAGAGAGGAAGAGGCGGACAAGCAACGGGAUCGCGGCCGCCGCGGCCGCUGUGGCGGGGGUGUCUUUAGUCGCCUCUGGAGGGUCUACGGCUGCGGCGGCAGGCGCAACUUCUGCCGCUGUUGCAACAGCCGGGGGGGCUGCGGCAGGGGCGACUACAGGGGGGGCUUUGUUGGCGGCGUCCACUCUUCCUGUCUCUCAUGCGGUGGCUACAGCAGCCACUACAGCAGCCACUCUUCACGCUGCGGAAGCAGUUGGAGCGACUGUGGCUGCUUCUGUCCUAGCAGGGGGAACUGCCGCGGCCUCUGGUGCCGCCGCGCCCGCGGUGAUGUCAGCGGCAGUUGGAGCAGGGGCCGUUGCGGCGGGGACGACGUCAGCGGUUGUUGCGGCGGGGCUCGCCUCAGCGGCAGCAGGCUCCGCAGGGGCAGCGUCAGUGGCUACUGGGGCGACGUCAGCGGUUGCGGGAGCGACAUCUGCGGCAUUGGGGGCUGCAUCAGCGGUUGCAGGGGCAACUCCAGCGGUGACAGCAGCAGUGGUUGGGGCGACGUCAGCAGUGGCAGGGGCGACGUCAGCAGUCGCGGCGACGACCUCCGCGGUGACGUCAGCAGCAGCAGCAACGACCUCAGCGGUGACAUCAGCAGCAGCCGCGACAACCUCAGCGGUGACGUCAGCAGCGGCGGGCGCAGCCGCGAGCACCGCAGUCCCCUCCUCGGCGAUCCUCGCGACCUCGCUCCCCGCGGCAGUCGCCAGCAAGGCCGUCGUUGCUUCUUCAGCGGGUGCGGUUUCCAGCACCGUCGCUUCGACCAUCCCCGCCGUCGUGGCAAAGUCGGGGGCAAGUGCGGCCGCCACCUCAGCGCUGACGUCAGCGGGCGCGGUGUGCACCACCCCCGUGAGGGCGGUUGCUCACGCUGCCACGUCAGCGGUUUUGGAAGGGGGGGCCGCUGCCGUUACUGCGGCAGAGAGCGUUGCGGUCGCGCAUUCUGCUGCGGUGUUGACUCAGUCGGGGCUUGCGUCGGCGAUCGCGAGCUCGGCGCAUCAUUUUGUGGAGGGUGGCGUGGCGGGCGCAGUGGGGGCGACUGUUGUGUGCCCAAUUGACGUUGUCAAGACCCGUAUGCAAGGCCAGGAGACCAAGAAGGGGGAAAAGCCUAAGUACGCCAACCCGGCCGACUGCGUGGUUCAGAUACUGAAGGAGGAGGGGCCCGGCGCAUUCUUCUUGGGCCUCAUCCCUCAGCUGCUUGGCGUCGCCCCUGAGAAGGCCAUGAAGCUGACGGUGAACGACUUGCUCAUGAGCGUUCUGGAAAGCUACAUCCCGGGGGCUCGCCUCUGGACGCUGGAGCUCUUUGCCGGCAGCGGAGGAGGCCUAGCUCAGGUCGUCUUCACAAACCCGAUGGAGAUGGUCAAGAUCCGGCAGCAGAUGCAAGGCCCCGCCGACGCUGGCCACGCCAAGAAAACAGCUCUCGAGAUCGCACGCGAGCUCGGCCCCGCCGGUUUAUACCAGGGCAGCAUCGCCACGCUGCUGCGCGAGAUCCCGUCGUCCGCCAUUUUCUUCGGCUGCUACAUCGUGUUGAAAGAUUCUUUCCCGGAUCAGCCGUUCAUCGCCGGCUGCCUCGCGGCUGCGCCCGCGGCGUUCCUGUGCACGCCCAUGGACGUCGUCAAGACUCGCAUGCAGAUGGAGCGGAAGGAGGGCGAGGUGGUGCUCGGGUUCUGGGACACGACCCAAAAGAUCAUUCGGGAGGAGGGGCCAAAGGCCCUCUUCAACGGCGGGCUCACCCGCGUGCUCCGAGUUAGCCCCCAGUUCGGGAUCACUCUGGCUGUGUACGAGCUUCUGAAUCACUGGUAACACCAGCCGGUCUGCAAUUGUUCAAGUCGACUCGACAUGCUUUUGCGCAGAGUCAGGAUAGAAAUUGUUACAUACUCGCAGGUAGAUAGUGGGUUGAUAUCAUUCUUUCGGGGCCUCUAGAAAAGAGGUACAUAGAAAAGUGGGCGGGGAAGUUGAUUGGUUAGCAGCCUGUCAUUUGUACAGUGGGUUUUCGUCAGACUGGUGUGUACAACAAGAGAUUGAGACAAUUUCGAGAAAGGCACAGAAGUUCUUGCCACAACGUAGUGCUGGAUUAGGUUUCGACGAGUAGUUCAAGUUUGCAUAGUCCGAAUGAGAAAGUUGUUAGAAAGGCAUUUUGUUCAUAAUCUUGGUCAGAUUAAAUAUGCAACCUUGUCAUUUGUGAUCAUUUGUUAACAGGUUGAAGGCAGUGCUUCUUGGGCGCUUCCCAAAUCGGGCAGGAACCUGGCUGUUGAUUGGACAUCCCGUAUUUGACUCGCUGCAAACCUGCAAGGCAUCCUGAGCGAUAUAUAUAACAUGUGCGCAUCA